AGAAGCUGUCAUUGAAUCCGGCGGCGGGCAAGCGACCGGUCGUAAACAACGUGGUCAUAGUUUUUGUUUGUAUUCAAUAACGCUAAAACAUUUCCAAAAUGAAAGGCGACAAGAACGUUGACAUCCAGGCUUUGAAAGACAUCGCCAACAAGCUGAGGAUUGACAGCAUCGUCGCUACUAACGCGUCCAAAUCGGGUCACCCGACAUCAUGCGCGUCCAUGGCGGAGAUCAUGUCGGUCCUGUUCUUCCACACCAUGCGCUACAAGAUCUCCGCGCCCAGGGACCCGUCGGCCGAUCGGUUCAUUCUCUCCAAGGGUCACGCCGCCCCCAUCCUUUACGCGGCCUGGGCUGAGGCUGGCCUGUUCCCCGUGGAGGAACUGAAGAACCUCCGCAAGUUGGACUCAGACCUGGAGGGUCACCCCACUCCUCGUCUCAACUUCGUGGACGUGGGCACCGGCUCGCUCGGACAGGGACUCGCCGUCGCCGCCGGUAUGGCGUACGUCGGGAAGUACUUCGACCAGGCUCCUUACAGAGUAUACUGCCUGGUGGGUGACGGCGAGGCGGCGGAGGGCAGUAUCUGGGAGUCUCUGCACUUCGCGAGCCACUACAAGCUCGACAACCUCGUUGUCAUCUUCGACGUCAACAGACUCGGACAGUCCGAGCCUACCUCGCUGCAACAUCAGCUGGAUGUGUACGACGCCCGCAUGAAGGCGUUCGGUCUGCACUCGCUGGUGGUGGACGGCCACGACGUGUCGGAGCUGGUGAAGGCGUUCGACGAGGCGGCCUCCGUCAGCGGACGACCCACCGCCGUCAUUGCCAAGACAUUCAAGGGGAAGAACUUCCCCGGCAUCGAGGACUUGGAGAACUGGCAUGGAAAGGCACUCGGAGCUGAGGGAGACAAGGUUAUCAAGCACCUCCAGUCCCAGAUCAAGAACAGUUCGAUCUCCCUGAAACCGCGCGCGCCGCUGGCGGAGGCCCCGCGCGUGGUCCUGGCCGACAUCACGCUGUCGGCGCCGCCCGCCUACCGCGCCGCCGACCUCGUCGCCACCAGGCUCGCCUACGGCACCGCGCUCAAGAAGAUCGCUGAUACCAACAUGCGUGUGAUUGCUUUGGACGGUGACACCAAGAACUCUACCUACAGCGACAAGCUGCGCAAUGCUUACCCAGACAGGUACAUCGAGUGUUUCAUCGCGGAGCAGAACUUGGUCGGCGUCGCGACUGGCGCGGCGUGCCGUGACCGGGCUGUCGUCUUCGUCUCCACCUUUGCCGCAUUCUUCACCAGAACCUUCGAUCAGAUCCGUAUGGGCGCGAUUAGUCAGUCCAACAUCAACCUGGUCGGCUCUCACUGCGGAGUCAGCAUCGGAGAGGACGGACCCUCGCAGAUGGGACUCGAGGACCUCGCACUGUUCAGGGCCGUGCCCACUGCCACCGUCUUCUACCCAUCGGACGCCGUGUCGACGGAGCGCGCCGUGGAGCUCGCCGCCAACACGCGCGGCAUCUGCUACAUCCGCACGUCCCGCCCCAACACCGCCAUACUCUACCCCAACGAUGAGGUCUUCAAGGUCGGUCAGGCUAAGAUAGUCCGUCAGUCCCCCAAGGACCGCGUUUUGUUGAUCGGAGCAGGAAUCACUCUACACGAGUGCUUGCUGGCUGCCGACAAACUCAAGACUGAAGGUAUCGAAGCCCGAGUCCUGGACCCGUUCACGGUGAAGCCCCUGGACGAGGCGGCCAUCCAGCAGCACGCUGGGGCCUGCGGCGGGCGCGUGGUGGUGGUGGAGGACCACUACCAGGCGGGCGGGCUGGGCGAGGCCGUGCUGUCGGCGCUGGCGGCGGCGCGCGACGUGGUGGCGCGCCACGUGUGCGUGCGCGAGGUGCCGCGCUCCGGCCCGCCCGCCGCGCUGCUCGACAAGUACGGCAUCUCCGCGCCGCACAUCCACUCCGCCGCGCACCAACUACUCAAGGCCUAGUCGGGGCCACUGCCUCACUGUAAGGUCCUCUACUAUGAGGGCAACGCUGGCUCCAUAUUCUAGCCUCAAGAUUAAUGCCAAGAUCAUCAUGUCUAGCUAAAGAAUAGUAUUAGCCUCAAUGUCAGAGUGUCUAUUGUUGAGCUGCAUCGUUCAGGCUAACGUGUGGAGCCGAUGUAAAGCAAUAGUGUUUUGUCGAUACUCGAUAGCGACGCCGUUUGGUUUUAUUAGAAAAUGUUACAGCGGUCAUUUACGGAAUUAAAAUGUUACGUAGUCACUAUCGAGUAUCGAUAAAUAUUAUCAGCAGGCUCGUAGUAGAGGCACCGUCUACAAGUUCCCGUCACUCGGUUCUUACCCUCAGCUCGCAUUUUGUAUUGUGAUAAAUUCAGUAGCUACUAAUUGGUGAGUUAUCAACACCUCUCAAUUUUUAUAUAGAUUUGAUAUUCUCUGUGAGCCAUCAUGUUGAAUUGUUAAUCGUUUGCGCACAAUUAUGACUCAAAUGUAAAUUGGUAAUCAUGUGUGCAGUGCACAGUCAAAAUUAAACAUUCCUGCUGGCACAUUCCGGUUAGCAACCAUGUUGUAAACUAAAUGGUCCAACUAUUGAAGCAAUCAGCUUGAACAGUGUUAACUUUGUAGUUCCUAAGGACAUAUAAUGUUAAGUAACACGUAAUAACGCAUUACGAUAUAUUGCAGAUCUUUUCUAUACUUUAUAUUUAAUGUUAAAUAUUCUGUGCCUUUGUUUACUGACGUGUUUUUGCACAAAACACAAGGCAGGUGUUUUAGAUGGAUUUUUGAAGGUUAGUGUGUAAGAGUAUAUUUUAUAGUUAUUUUUGUAUCGCUCGUGGAGGCUCGCUCGCGGCCCGUUGUUACUCGAUAUAUAUUGUGUAGAACUGUUGGUCAAAUUAUUAUAUUCUAAAGUUAUGUCCCACUGUCGCAGCUCUCUCAGCUGCGGCAAGUGUCUACAUUCAUUCGGGUGUCUGUUGUUCAAUCAUACAAGAUAUUGUUUCGGUUAAAUGUUUUAAUUGGUAUAUUACAUUCCUGUUUUCAUUAUUUCUUUUAUAUUUUAUUAAUCACGGAAUCAAGUGGUUUUCUUUACAUUAAAGUUUAUUGUAUACAA